UUUCGAAACUGUGGUAUCCACUAGGCCAAUUGCCAAUGUCAAGUAGUCAACCAGACAACCAAAAAAUUCAGUUCUCAGUCAAUAAAUUUUAUAUUUUUGUAAAGAAAUAAAUAUGGAUACUGAAUAUAAACUGUCGCACAAAGCAAAAAAACGUAUCAAGGAAGUAAAGAGGAAAGCCCGACCAGAAUUGGCUGAUAAACACCAAUGGGUAGCUUUAAAUUAUGCGAAUAAUUUUGAAGAAUUUUUAAAAUGUAAAGAUAAUGUUGACAGAAUAGACGUAAAUGAGGUAUCACCAGAGGAGUUCAUAGAGAGAUAUGAGAAAAUUUAUAAACCCGUAGUUAUAACUAAUAUUCAGACUAACUGGCGAGCGAACCACAAAUGGACACAAGAGAGACUCGCCAAAAAGUAUCGUAACCAAAAAUUUAAGUGUGGCGAAGAUAACGAGGGGUACAGUGUUAAAAUGAAAAUGAAGUAUUAUAUAGAGUAUAUGAGGACAACGACUGAUGAUAGUCCACUGUAUAUUUUUGAUAGUAGUUUUGGUGAACAUCCAAGAAGGAAAAAACUCUUAGAGGACUAUGAAUUGCCCAGAUAUUUUAAUGAUGACUUAUUUAAAUACUGCGGUGAGGAACGGAGACCUCCGUAUCGUUGGUUUGUGAUGGGACCGCAGAGAUCAGGUACUGGAAUACACAUAGAUCCUUUAGGAACUAGUGCCUGGAAUGCUUUAGUCUUUGGCCACAAAAGAUGGUGCCUGUUCCCUACGCAGACCCCAAGGGAACUUAUCAAGGUUACAGGAGCAAUGGGGGGAAAACAGAGGGAUGAAGCUAUAACUUGGUUCAAACUUAUUUAUCCAAAAACGCAGCUUGAUACUUGGCCCAAGGAGUAUAAACCGGUUGAAAUACUCCAAAAACCCGGUGAAACAGUUUUUGUUCCUGGGGGCUGGUGGCAUGUUGUACUCAACCUUGAUGACACAGUUGCUGUAACUCAAAACUUCUGUAGUCGUACCAACUUCCCGGUCGUGUGGCACAAGACUGUAAGAGGACGUCCGAAACUAUCUAAGAAAUGGGUCAAAGUCCUCGAAACCAAAGAGCCCGAUUUGUAUAAGAUUGCUAGUAGCAUGGAUUUGAGCCAAGGUACUGGGGUUGCAUCGGACAGCUCUUCAAAUAGCAGCUCGUCCAGUAGCGACAGUGACAGUAGCACAUCAGGGAGUUCCUCUGAAGAUGAUAGUGGUCAGGAGAGUAUUACUGCACACAAGAAAAAGAGAAGAAGGAAAGCUUAAGACAUUGCCUUAUACAUCAUUAAAUAAUUAUUUAAAAGCACUAUGAUAAAGAUCCCUUAGGGCCAGUUUUAUCAGUUGCUGACGAAGAUGUCUAAUAGAUAAUGGUUUAUAAUAUGUUUUUGUUUCACAACCACACACUACUUUGUCAGAUAUAUCUAUUCACAACUUGUAUCUCCAAAAUGCAAAAUUUUAAACUUAUGUAAAAGAUAAUCUUUGUCAGGAAGCGGUGAAACUAGCUUUUAAGGUUUUAUUGUCGUUUGUAUGAAUUUAAGCUAGCACAUUUUGUAUUACUAGAUGUAAUUGAUUUAUGAGUUGUUAAAAUAUUUCAAAUAAACAAUAUCUUUUGUUAAAGGACCAACCUGAUUAAUAAUAAAUUUUAAGUUUA